UCGUGUUUAUCCCCAGUGCAGGAGCUCAGAACUCAGAACGUCGUUCAACGCGAACGAUGAAGGUGACGGUGACGACACUCAGCGACGACAGCGUCUUCGUCCUCGACGUGAGCGAGGAGCUGGAGCUGGAAAACUUCAAGGCGUUCUGCGAGAUCGAGAGUGGCGUGCCGGCUCACGAGAUCGUGAUCGCGUUCAACGGCCUGCCGCUCAUGGACGACAAGAAAUCUCUGCGCGAUCACGGGAUCCGUGACGGCGACGCUGUCAUCCUCCAGCACAUGCAUGGGAUGCAUCAAAGCGGCAGUGAUUUGAAUAUACAACCCUUUAACAGAGCCAUUCCAUUACUGGACUUCAGUUCCAUCAGAGUUCCUGGGGCCAGCAAUAGUCAGCAGCGCCCAUCACCAAUUGCAAACAAUAGAGUACAAAAUCCCCGAAGCGAGGAUGAUCCAGCUAUGAUAAAAAACAUGUUUCUGGCUAAUCCGGAUCAGCUGGCAUUGUUGAAGCAAAAUAAUCCUAGAUUAGCCGACGCUCUGCUGUCUGGAAAUCUUGAUAGAUUUUCGACUGUACUCAGAGAGCAGAUAGCCGCUCGGGAAGAACGGCAAGCGCAACGGCUGAGAAUGAUGAACGCUGAUCCCUUUGAUACCGAAGCGCAGCGGCUGAUCGCUGAAGAGAUUAGACAGAAGAAUAUCGAAGCGAAUAUGGAAGCUGCGAUGGAAUACAAUCCAGAAACCUUUGGCACUGUAGUUAUGCUGUAUAUCAAUUGUAAAGUCAAUGGGUUUCCAGUUAAAGCAUUUAUAGAUUCAGGUGCGCAAACUACCAUUAUGUCCGCUGCUUGUGCCGAGAGAUGCCACAUUAUGCGUUUAGUAGAUACGAGGUGGGCUGGAGUCGCCAAGGGUGUUGGAGUACAACGUAUAAUCGGUCGUAUACACAUGGUACAAAUACAGAUUGGCAACGAUCAUCUAACAACAUCCUUUAGCGUUCUCGAGGAACAGCCUAUGGACAUGCUGUUGGGUUUAGACAUGCUUAAAAGACAUCAGUGUUGCAUCGACUUAAAGAAAAAUGUCUUGAAGAUUGGAACUACGGGCACUGAAACUUCGUUUCUGGCGGAAGGCGAUUUACCUGAAUGCGCAAAAUUGAGCGGGAACAGUGACGAGUCCUUAGAUGAUCGGGAUCUCCAACGAGCUCUUGAGGAUAGUACGAGGGAUGCUAAGAAACAGAGGCAGCAGCACGACGGGCAAGGCAGCAGUAAUCAAGGGGCGUCAAGACCUGCCGCCUUAGAGACUACAAUUUAUCCGCAUGAUCCAUUUACGGAAGCCACAGUCAAGGAACUGGUGGCUCUGGGUUUUACCAGGGCACAAGUGAUUGCGGAAUUGCGUAGAUUUAACGGAGACAAAACGCAGGCUACCGCCGCGCUGUUUGCGAAAUCAUUAAAGUUUUGAAUGUUAAAAACUAUCACGUACGAUUUAAGUAAGCGGGUUAUCGCGAACAAAGAGACAGGCAUAGAGAGAAAUUGUGAAUAAUAGGCAAUAAGGAUGAAGGGGACAAUGUUCAAAGCAAUUUUCAAUCAUCGCUAAUGUCAAUAGCUGUUUGAUAUACUUUUUAACUACGAUUGAUUCUUUGUUCUGUGAAAUCAUUGGAAUCAAAUGUUAUGUAUGAAAUGAAACUUCCCUGUAAUUUCCGCUUUUAUUCUAAUGAUUCAUUCUAAUACAGAGUUAAUAAUCAUUAGAGUAAAAUUUCUUAUUACAUGCAAUCGCGUAAAUGUGAGAAUGCAUGCCUUCAGAAGGGAACAAUAUCAUUUUAUGAGGUUUAUAGCUGAUUCACAAAACGGGUAAGACGUAAUAUGGCUCUUGACAUAUUGAUCUGAAUAAUGGUGAUAUCGAAAAUUUUAUUAUAGCUCAAGACAUGUUGAAGAUCGUUGAAAAACAUUGGAUAACGCGUGUAUCAGAAGCUUAUGAAAUUGAGCGAUUCAGAAGUUCUAAAUUAAGAUGAUAAGAAGUUAUAUUUGAAAUAUGCUUCUUUGUAUAUUUUCGUACACAUAUGUGCAAAGCCUAAAUACAUUAUUUCUAAAUAGUGUGUUAUGUAACAAAGUUGAUCAGAAGGGGGAAUUAAAUUGUGACCUAAUACUUAACACAAUUAAUUGCAAUAUGUAUACUUGCGAAAUAUGAUUACGCAUUGAACAUCAUUAGUUUGAACAUCAUAUGAUCUUAUAAAAACAAGACUCGUGUAUACAUAAUUGCGCUGAAAUGAAUCAGCAUAUAGUGAGCGAUAAGAUUUUUCUACACAUCUUGAAAGGUAUAUAUAUACAUGUACAUAUAUACAUCUUUCGCGAUAUUUGUAAUUUUUCAUUUAAGUGGUGAAUAUGGACAAAUGUAUAUACAUAUAUCUAGUAUUAAUAGACUUUAAAUAAAUCGAACACGAAAUGGGGGAUAGACAGAACCUUUGCGCUAGAACAUUGACUUUAUGGUUUGAUAACGUUUCAGAGACUCGAAUUUGACAUUGGACUCAGCUCAAACUCAGUUCCUCAUUAUUUAUCGAAGAAACACGGAUUUUGUAUAUAAAAUGAUAACAGGCGAAUAGAUUUUCCAUUUUUUUUUACAAGAUAUUUCUUACAAUAGCAAUUACAAAGUGUCUUGUACACAAUUGUAUCCAACUUACAAUGUCGAUUUUAUAUUGCUAUUUUUUUCUUUUUUGACGAGGUAUUUGGUAUGUUAUUGUAAUUUCUUUAUCAUGUUAUAAUAAAUACAUGAACAGGA